AUGGGCAACUUCCUCGUGUCGUCGGUCUGUCGCGCGCACGGUCGCUCUGAGGCCGUGUACGCGAUCGUGAGGGCCCAAGUAGAGGCACUGCGAGGUCACCAGCGUCGCGGCUCGCCCUUGCAGCGACGGUGUGCGGCACAGCAAGCGGCGUUGCUUCGCGCACUCUCGUCCAAAAUGGCGCUUACCGCCGCCGUGAUGAGUUGCUGGGUAACAGCCGCUACAAAUCGUGCCAGGGCCGCUCUCGUUGCAUCGCUCGUGUUUAUCGCAAAAAAGUUUAUCGCGAGAACGAGCACACAGCGAUCAUUGCCGUCGCAGGUCUACGACGACGUAUUUAACGAGUUCAACGCUGUCUUCGAGACAGCCCCGCAACCGACGAAGACACUGCGAGAGCUACAUGUACAACACAGCGCCAAGCUGGACGCUGAGAGUCUCAAGGCAGAGGCCGAAGCACAACAAGGAGGGUUAAACGACUUUGACGACGAAUACGAGCUCCUGCCCAAGCCAGAGGAAGAUCGCGCGUUCUAUGCCGAUCUUGAAGGAAACCAGGUGGAGAGCGACGCCAGCCAGACGGACUCCGUCACGGAGGGUGAGCGACUGCUACAGCUUGCCUCGAGCAUCUCCGACACAUCGAUGCGCGUUGAGGAGUUUAUUAUCAACGGGAAACACGACAAUUUUGAGGUUAUUACGAAGGAUGUGGAUGAUCACGCUGCAGAAGCCAAUGAAAGCGAGAAAAGGAGCAUCGUACGCGUGCUACUGGCGUACUGUGCCUACAGUGAAGACUCGAAUUACUCGAGCGAUAUGGUCCUGACUGCCGAGGAGUGUUUGCAGGUGUGGCAGGGCGACGAAGAUCGCGCUUUCAAGUCGCUCGCCGUCCUGUGUAACGACGUCCCGCGUUUGUGUGCCGCUCUCGAGUGA